AUGGCGGCGCACCCGGGGGAAGACAGCUCUCUCCCGUUGACGGAGGCGUCCCCUGGCAGCCCGGGGCCCGGAGAGGAAGCGGGGUCCGAGGAGCUGCCCAUGGUGUUCCUGUGCGCUGGCUGCAAGCGGCCCGUAGGAGACACGCUCGGCUGGGAGUUCAACGACGAGGACACCAACUGCAUCUUGUUGAAGAGUGAGCGACGAGGCGCCCGCCCGCCCGCGCGGCUAAUCACCUGGGAAACGCUCUGCGCCCGCCCGCACCGCGGCUUUCCCUCGCGCGCUUCCUUCCCUCGCGCGCGCAAAUAUUCGCGCGCUCGUCCUCCCCCCCCCCCAUAAACCAGCAUUCAGUGGCUCCUCUCUUGGCUUUGUUCGCGCCCUUCUCGUGUGCUUUACGUAGGUCUGAGGACCCAAGUCUCCCUUCUUGAGGCGGUUUUAGGCUGCGCCAUCACUUGAAAUUAUCUGGGCGACUUGAGAGGGCAUUAAAGCAAAGGCAUUGCAAUAAAAGAAAGUGAAUAUGGUGAAGUUGCAGAAGGAACAGCAAAACACUUGAAAAGAGAGAACGGGGGAAAGAUUCUGCAGUGCUAACGUUGCCAUCCUAUAUUUGUGUGUGUGUCCAGUUAUUUUCAGUGGGGUUUUCGCCCAGGUAAAUGUGCUUAAACUUGCAGCCAAAGAUAAUUCAUGGGACUCAGUUCUAGUGCUAGUGACGUAUAUGCCACUUUUUAAUUUCCAAAGUGUUUUGGAAUAUGCAUUAUACCCUACUCCUUGCCACUUGGUUGACCAAAGCAUGUGGACAUUAUUGUGCCCCUUAGUUGGGACAGAGGUUUUUGCCAACCCACUUCAGUGUUUUCCCAUUCUGUGUUGGCGAUAAAUAGCAUAAUUGGGCUGGGAGUACUUAUGGGAGACUACUUUUCUACUGAUCUUACAUCUUUUGAUUUUCAGAUGUUACGCUCAAUGUUUCAGUGGACAAGGAACAAAAACUUUCAAGCCGAGCAGGCGAAUAUGGCUGGUAAGCGGUGAAAAUCCCAAAGUGAAACAGAUGUGUCUCACAAUAGAGCUUUAUGUAAAGAAGAAAGUCAAAAUAAAGGUUUGCCCUAAAAGUAUCCAUAUGGGCUAAUAGACAAUAUGUUUGGACUCCUUUUUAUUAGGAAGGGGAAUAGGAAGCCACUUUAGAGCAGGGUUUUUUUUGUUUUGUUUUUUGAAGCCAUCUGGUUUAAGCCUGUUACUCAUGCUGAAUCUUUGAGGACGUGUGGGAUGUAUAUCUUAUUAUGUUAGUGUUUUCAAGAUUUUUUAGGAGACAUUCCUUGGGAAGUGUGUGCAUACAUAAUAAAAAUACAUCGGUUAAUGAUCUUCAGUGCUUGCUACUGAGUUGUCACUUCUUAAAAUAUUUACAAGUGUUCCAAGAAAAGUUAUUUCCACACAGUUUUGAAUCUGUUUGAACAUUCAAGCUACACUGUUUGUGCUUACUGACUAAGACUAAAACUGGUUUAAGAGUUUGGUUCACAUCUGCUAACCAUCACUCUGAAUAGUUGUUUUGUUUUUUGCGCACUUGCAUGAAUGCAGUACAUGGGAAUUUGCACCUUUUUGACCAAGUCCUUAAAAAAGUCCUGGGAAAACCAUUUUUUAAAUAUUGCUUUCAGUCAGCUAAACAUACACAACUUGCACCCAAGAAGCACAAGAAGGUUCUGAUAGGAGUGGGUUUCCAACCCGCUUCAGGUUGAUCCCUCUGACACCUUUGGCUGUCCUGUCUAACAUGGAUGCCUGGCCUUGUUUAUCCCUCUGGAGACCAUAAACAAGGGGCCCCUGUACAAACCAAGACAUCUCAGCUUCCACCUUAUCUCUUAUCUCUCAAAUAGGCCCCAAGCUGGCUGUCUCCAGGGUGCCUGGCAUUGUAUUUCAAAGCAUCACAUAGUGUUACAUUUUGCCUGACUGCCUUUUCCCAGACUUGUUUGGUUGUUGUGUCUUCUUUAUCAUGAAGUUGCCUUCACAUGCACAGCUGCUUCUGACACCUGUGGUAAUCUCUUGGCCUUCCCUGUAAAGGAAGGUCACCCAUGCACAGUCACACUCUAGGCUGUCUUUGAUUUAUGAUCUAAUUAAGUUGAAGAGCAAAGGGGAGAACCGGAAAAAGGGUAUUAGGUUUUUCAAACCAGAUUAAUACAACAAAGUAUAUAAAAUAAUUCUGUCUGAAUAACUUUCAGAAUAAAUUCAUAUCUUGACUGCAUUGCCACAAAAUCCCUACUUGGCUGUGAAUACCAGUUGGUGAUUUUGGAGCCAGGCAUUAAGACACAGACCAACCUAGAGGAGUGUUGUGAAUCAUAGAAUUGUAGAGUUGGAAAGGGACCCUGAGGUUCAUUUACUCCAACCCUCUGCAAUGUAGGAAUCUCAACUAAAGCAUCCAUGACAGAUAGCCUUCCAACUUCUGCUUUAAAACUUCCAAUGAAGGAGAGUCUGCAACCUCCUGAGGGAGACCGUUCCACUGUUGGAACAGCUCUUACUGUCAGAAAGUUCUUCCUGAUGUUUAGUGACGAUAACUAGGAGUGGGCAGGAAAGCCAGGUAUGCUGCUAGAAGCUCCUCAGAAGGAGGACAGGAUAAAUCCUUUUUAUUUAAAAUAUAUGUAAAAAACAACUUUCCACUAAUUGUUUUAUGCCAUUUGUUUAAUUUGUACUGGAAGUGGUACAUUGCUGUGUUCCGAAUUACAACAUGAACAUGUUAAAAUGAUGUUACAAUUUUCUAAGUGAUGCUUUGCUUUACAGCAUGCUUGAAACCUUGUUUUGCACUGGGUGCAACAUGACCCUUGGAAGCAUUUACAGAUGCACUCCGAGACAUCUGGAUUAUAAACGAGAUUUAUUUUGCUUAAAUGUUGAUGCUCUUGAAAGGUAAGCAAAGCAAUAGUUCUGUUCGCCUUUCUUCUGAUGAUAAUUGAUUAUUUAAAUACUCUUAAAACGGGACAACUUCCUCAAUACUCCAGGUUAUUUCUGAUGUGCGUAAAGUUUUUUGCGGGGAGGGGAGGAACAGUAGCGCAAAUAUUUUUCUGUUACUCCAUGGAAGGAAAAAAUGAAUCAAAACUGGCCUUUGUUUUUGUUUGCAUUCAGCUAGGUAACAAUGAGGAAAACAUCGAAUUCUUCCUCUAUUUCCCCACUACCCCCCCCCCAAUCCUUUAAGUUUAACCAUUAUUCUGUGCAAUAAAUACCUGCCAUUUCCACAGAUGAGACUUCAUUGACAAUUGCUUGCAAGUAGCAUUUUCUAACACAGAGGUAAUAGUGCGCAUUGUGUUCUCUGAAACAUAUCCAAUUACCAUACUUUCCUUAGCAACCAUUGAAAAAUUAUCCUUGAAUGCGUGCUUGGGUAACUACAGAUAGAGGAUUGUGAUCUAACUGUGAUAGAGGAUUGUGAUCUCAUCUCUUCAUUCAGAUGUAUUUUGAAAAUUUUUUCAUUUAGGCUUGUCUUUACAACAUGCAUUUUCUUUUUAAAUCCAUCAGGAUUUAUUGAUCUCUUUGUUACUAUUUUUGGUAUGUUGUGUUCCACGUUGCUAUUUUUUAAUGAAAGUGCAGAUUAUAAAUUUGUAAAUAAAUAAUCUGCAUUGCUCAAAAUUCAAGUAUUAUGUAAUAAGUAUUGCAGUGCAUCAUUAAGUUAUUUUGGUGUUUUUCAAGAACUGACCAUUUUGUUCAAUUGGUAUUAAUUUUAGGCAUUGCACUUGUAAAGUUCUAAUUGCUAUCCUUUUUAAAUUAAUUAUUUAAUGCAUUGAUAUCUUAAGGGUAAUAUCUUUAGGGUGAAGUCUUCCUAAGGCUGCUAAGAAAAGUCAAUAAAAUAAAUAUAGAUGACUUGCAAGGUGUGUGGGGGUUACAUUUCAUGGAUUGUAUGUAAAGGCAAAAUGACACCUAGUCAGAGCGACCCCGGAAUAUCCCACACAAGCGUCCCUACCUUUCCAGAAGCUGGUGCGCCAAAUGGGUCAUUGCCCCCACAUGGUUAUUGGGUUCUGGCAGGCUGUUGUGCGGGCUCUGGAGGCUCUUGCAAGAUCUCAUAGGGACAUCCAAGAUCUUGUGAGAGCCUCCCAGACCAGAGCCUGGAAAUAAUUUUUAAGCUUUCUGCCUUGCGAGCAUUUAGUGUGAUUGCCACUGGCCAUCUGCCAAGCGCAUAAAGCUGCAAUCAUGCAAGUUAAAUGUGCACACAAGUUGUGAGUUAACUGUACACCAAAUACCAGUAUUAACAAAUUAUACCAGUAAAGUAAGGAUUAAAACAUGAAUCUAGCAUAAAACUAUCAAGGAAAUAUCAAGGAGAACAGAAAUGUUCUUAAUAUCCUAUUUAAAAUCACCUAUGAAAGUGCCAUGUGAGGAGAGGUGUUCAAAGAUACAGAGGUACCACUAAAAAUGCCCUGCUCCUGGUACCUACUAAUCUGAUGGUCCGUAAUCAGGGAUCAGGGAGCAAAGGCUCUGAGGCCUAUCUCAGGGCCUGUACAGGGCCAUAGAGUUGCAUAAGGUUGAGAAAGAUGUCAUUUCACUCUUCAUCCCCCUCCUGAAACCUGCCCCUCAUACAUUCUGUAAGACGUCUGUUCUGAGCUGGCUUGACCUUGAGGCUGAAGAGGAACAUUCCUGUUAGGGAUUGGGGAUGCACCAGAACAUGUUGCUGCAGAUCAUCACUUGUCAUACAUCUACCUGGAAUUUCAUCACCUGCCUUACGUACAUAGCCCUACAUUCUCAGGUGGACCUUCACCCAGGUAACCUGGCAGGCUCUACUUAUAAUGCAGGCUCUCAUUACUUAAAACAAAAUAGUGGGGAGGGGCCAACCCGUCUGUAAAUAAUGUGUGCAUUUUAAUUACAGUGGUACUUCGGGUUACAUACGCUUCAGGUUACAGACUCUGCUAACCCAGAAAUAGUACCUCGGGUUAAGAACUUUGCUUCAGGAUGAGAACAGAAAUUGUGCAGCAGCAGCGGGAGGCCCCAUUAAUUAAAGUGGUGCUUCAGGUUAAGAACAGUUUCAGGUUAAGAAUGGACCUUCAGAACGAAUUAAGUACGUAACCAGAGGUACCACUGUACUGAGUAUUACAGUCAUGACUGCUGUCACUGGUAAAUUAUUCUUCAGUUAAUAAAUGCUCACACUUUUAUUGGGUGAUUGUGAUGUUACUUAUAACUGUACAAUGUCCAAGUUAUACCCUAGGGUCCUCGGAACAAAAAGCUGAAAUUGAUGAAGAGCCUCUAACGCUUGAAAGUCGAGCUAGUUUAGAAGAGUCACUAGGAAGGGUAAGAUGUUUAUUUUAUGUUUUACUUUUUUCAGAUGUGAAAGAUGGUUUGAUGAUGGUUCCUUCUUAAAAUCCCUCUUCUUAAGAAACACAGUAAUCAUGUCAGUAGAACUUGUUAAGGGAAACGGGGGAGAAAGGAGACAUGAGAUUCUUUCUGUACUCCUAUAUGAGAAAAUAAUGGCUAUUUGCAACUGGGGAUGCAGUUAUCUUGAAAUAUGCAUGCAGCUGCUGAGUUCCCCAUGUAGUUCAAUGGCUGGAGAUCAAUGUGCAAAUGCAGCCCCAAACAGACAGAGCAUGCUGUCAUCCUCUGAUCAUGCCAGUCAACCAGAAGGUUGGUGGUUCAAGUCCACCCAGGGAUGGCUGUGGGCAGGAUUCCUGCAUUGCAAAGGGUUGGACUAGAUGACUCUUGCAGUCCGUUCCAGCUCUACGAUUCUAUGAUCUCUACCAUAUGGGGGAAGGUGACAUCCAUUCCUGUCUUCUGUGAUCCUACUCGAUGACAUAUUGAGGAGGCAGGAUGAGUGUCAGGUAUACUGGCUUGUAAUUCUAUUGUGGGCCCAUGAAUUUGGGACACAACUUAUAAUUAACAUAUAAUGUAAACUAAAAUGUUUCUCGCCCCGCCCCCCCUUACUUAACAGGCAGAAACGAUUUUGAAGGCAUUGGAGCAACGAUUAUCUGUAGUUGAAUCAAGUUUUGCAUCUCUUCACAACAUUGGCUGA